AUGAACACCCCGCAAACGUCAGCCGCCGAUGCUGCCGUGGCGUGCCUCCGCCUUCUGCACCGCCUCCUGCAAGACGAGGAGGUGUCACUGGCACAGCUGAGCUACCUUAUCGAGAAUGUGCACGAUCCGUUGGCCCAAGUGUGUCUGCCGCCAAGCCAGCGCCCCAUGGUUGUCCCCGCUCCACAGCUGAGGUCGCCAUCUGCCAGUGCGUUGAACCGUUUCAGCUCUCCUGUCAAGCACGCACACUCGCCGGUGCCCUCGACAAUGGCGGCCGCGGCAGCUGGUGAGGUAAAAGCGCGACGCCUGCCACCCCAGCCCGCCGUGGUCGAGCCGGAGGCGCCUGCGCAGAAAGAGGCAACGCCCGUCAAGACGACCAAAGCGACUGGAAUGAUGCACAGAGCAUCCAAGAAAGCUUCGAAAACGGAUGCGGUGAGCGCAAAAUCCCCCUCCUCCUCUACGUCAACCAGCAAGGCGGAGGCACGCGCCACGCUGACCUUCGGUCAGUACUGGGGCAUCUUCGCCAAUCUACCUACCCUGUAUGGGGUGCACCUCUCCCUCGUGCAGGAGCUCGACACGGUCCUUCUACGACUCACCCAAAUUGUGGAUGAGCUGCAUCCAGCGACCCAGGACACUGCGAACAGCGCGGUGCUCCACUCUCCUGCCGCCACGCCUGUCCCCGACGCGGGCCUCAACACACGCAAGCAUGCUUCAGCCCUUCGUAACCCUUCCCUCAGCGCCCCCGCAGGCGCUCGCAGCGUCUACAUCGAGAUUGGCGUCAUGGUUUGCGAGUUCUUCGGGUCUGAGCUGAUGAAGCACUUCAUGGCGGAGCACAUGAUGUACACAGUCAAGUACACGCAGCAGGCAGCGCCGCACCUGCUGCGGUUGUCGCGGCUGUGGCGAUGGUGCACAGAGCCAUCGGGGUCGUCUGGGGUGUCGGCGGCCACCCUCGCCAGCCUGUCGGAGAUGGACCAGAGGACGAUCCUGCAAAAUGAUCUCUUCUUGGACUUUCUCUGGCGCUCCUUCGGACCAUCCGGCAUGCCAGAGGAUGAUCGGGUGUGCAUACCAGCGCCCCCGGAGCUGAAGCAGCGCAGCGCGGCGGGCAGGCAGGGUCAUGCGCUGCCCCCGGCAAGAGCACUGGCCGGCGGCAGCGGUGGCGCUCGACGCUCUCGCCCUACCGCGGCAGUCUCGUCCCCUGCAGCCCGCUUCCCUCCCAUCCCAGCGAUGUGGGAAGGCUUCCGCACGCUUCUGGUGCUUCUUGCCACCCCGCUAAGCAUCCUGCGCCGCUACACCCACGCGGCACGGUGCCUGGUGGAGAGCGGCGCGCUGCUGCCGAAGGACCGUACGCGGCUGCAGAACUGCUUUAUCGACGUCGCCGCGCUGCGCAUCAGCGAGGAGACGAACCUUAUCGUGGAGGAGCUCUGCCUGCACGAUGUAAGAGGCAUCAUGGCGCUUAUGGACAUCCCGGCUUCCUCUACGAACAGCGGAGGGCCUGUUUCCCUCGCCGGUGGUGAGCCGGUGAACAGCAGCGCUGCUGCAGCGCUCUCCUCCGGCGGAGUACCAGCGAAUCACAGCAACCGCGUCCUCAUACACUACGGUCGUCUGCUGAAGCGCUUUGGGCGCGGGCGGCACGAGCGCCUUAUCUUCCUCUUCAGCGAUUGGAUGUGCUACGCUGAGGAGAGCAGCAACGGUCGUUUCCGGGUGCGUGGCACGAUUCCCCUUUCAGGGCUGCGCGUGGUGGCAGCGCGCGAUGACCCGUCGUUGGACACGGUCAACUGCUUCGAGCUCCUCUUGCCAAGCCUUUCAAAGCGUAUCACCUUCUACGCCGCCUCGCCCGAGCAGCGGGACCAGUGGGUGGACGCGAUCCGCUACACGGUGCGGCGGUUUGAAGUGCAGAAACAAAGGCCGCCUGCAACGAACGGCUCGCCGCGCAACAGCGGCAUAAACACGGCGGCAGGAGACGGGGGCAUGCCGAGCAUGAUGCAGCCUACAGCCCCGAUGCUGAUGGCCAACUCCCGGCUGAGCCGUCAGCGACACAACGACAUCAGGUGGCAGGCGUGCGGGAAACUCCAGCGGCGCACGGAGGAGAUGCCGCCGCAACCCUCGCACAUCAUCUCUGGGGCGGCCCGUGUUCCGUUGGCCGUCGUGGCAGGUGGCCCGGUGGCCGGGUCGUCGCCAUUUCCUGUCUGCCACUCUCCGUCGCCGGCGAACGUCACGCACUGGUCGGCACGCGCAUCUGUGCACCGCCGCAUCCGUAGCCAGGAAUUUAUCGCAGUGCAUCAGCAGCAGCUCGCGGCAUCCUCAUCCCACAUCCCUACACCCACCCAAACCGAUGGUGUCCCGCCAGGCGGCGGCGUUGCGACGGUGGAAACCAACUCCAACCUGGACUCCAUGGUCCCCCCUGCCCUCGACACAGGCAACAUGGACAGCGCCUCACCGGUGCGCUCGGUGGACCGAAACCCGCCACCGCAGAGGCAGCGUUCUCACCAGCUCCUCUCCUCUGUCACAUCGACGGUCGCCGUUGCUGCCUCUGCUGAACGGCGCAGCAGCAGCCUCCUCCACUCCUUCACCAUGGAUAUCAUGGCCAGCCCAAACCGCGGCAGCGGCGGCUCGGGCGUCAGCACCCCGUUGCGCCCCCCUGUAUCAGAGCGCUUCGAGGCGGUCAAGAUCAGCAGCCGCGGAAGAAACCCUCCCCACCAACCGCAGCAGGAGACUGUCGCACUUCCAGAAGAAGUGGCACGUCACCCCAGUGGCAGAGGCGUGGUAUCGCCGCCGUCCUCACCGGCAAGCAGCAGCAGCAGCAGCAGCAGCGGCGUGCUGGACAGCAUUAUCAGCACAGCGGCCCCACCGACGACAAGCUGCAAGGUUAGCUUACAGCCUUUUUGUGAACCACCCUCAGCUUCUGCGGAGGCACAGGCCUUGCCCGGUGCUAACUUGGCCCCGCCCAAUAAAAGCGUCGUCUCAGUAGCCGAGGUCCCGCCAACCUUGGACAUGGUCGCAGAGGAGGAAAACCGCCCACGUGACUCCCGACCGGUCACCACUGCCGACCAAAGUGCGAGCGGCACGGGGAGCGUCAUGAGUGCUGCUGCCCAGCUAGAGCAAAGUGUCAACAGUGGCGCAGAGGAAGAUGGCUCGAUGACGGCCACAGCCGUCGUGACGGCGUUCCGCUCCCCCAGCGUCAUCUAUCACCGCCUCAUGACGCCGAUAUCGCCUCUGGCGACGGACUCCAGACCAGUGCCGGUGCCCCGAGAAAACAGCACCGCCCCGAGUUCUUUCAGCCCCACCUCGGACUCAUCAAAGGACCUCCACGCCAUGGUGCGAAAGCCCAUGGUGGCUGGGAAACCCCUGCGGAACCCAGCGGUACCCCGCCACGUGGACCCAAUGGAGCAGAUGCCUCAAGGCGGCGACGGCAACGACGCCUCGGUGCAGCCUUGA